UUACCUCUGAUGUGUGGACUUAUUUUACAAAGCUUCCAAUUGGUGAAGAUGGUAUUCCAAGGACAAAAAGCAAUGGUUGUUCGAAAGAAUUUAAAGCUGGGGGGAAAAUACAUGGAACUUCUUCAUUAAAGAGACACAAAGAAAUACGUAGGAUGUUAAAGUUUCAUGAUGUUGGGCAAAUGUUUGUUAAUCAUGAAGGCAAACUUGAAUCUAGGAAAGUAGAUCCAAAUGUUGCUAAGGGGUUGUUAGCUUCUGCAGUCAUCAAACAUGAUUUACCAUUUUCAUUUGUUGAAUAUGAGGGUAUUAGAAAAUGGCAGAAGUAUUUGAAUCCCGAUGUCCCUUGUAUCUCUAGAAACACACUUGUGUCUGACAUUACUAAGAUCUAUUUUCAAGAAAAAGAGAAGCUUAAACAAGUGUUGGCAAAUAUUAAAAAUAGAAUUUGUUUAACUUCUGAUGUAUGGACUGCAUGCACUAGUGAGGGAUAUAUUUGCUUAACUGGACACUUUGUUGAUGUGAAUUGGAAAUUGAAUAGCAAGAUACUUUGCUUUGCUAAGAUGCCCCCACUACACACAGGAUGUGAAUUAUCUGCAAAAAUAUUUCAAUUUUUGAAGGAUUGAGGAAUUGAAAGAAAGGUGUUCUCUUUGACAUUAGAUAAUGCAUCUAGUAAUGGUAGUAUGCAAAACAUUUUAAAGGAGCAAUUAGCUUUGCAUGAUAGUUUGUUGUGUGAUGGAGAGUUUUUCCACAUUCGUUGUUCAGCCCAUAUAUUAAAUCUCAUUGUACAAGAGGGGUUGAAAGUGGUUAAUUCAGCUUUGCAUAAAAUUAGAGAGUCUGUCAAAUAUGUGAAAUAUCUGAAAGGUUCUGAGGGUAGGAUGAAGAAGUUUGAAGAAUGUAUAAGUGCAGUUGGUAACAUUGAUACUAGUAUUGGUUUGAGAUUGGAUGUGGUUACUAGGUGGAACUCCACAUAUUUAAUGUUGGAAAGUGCUAUUAAGUACAAAAGGGCAUUUGCUUCUCUUCAAUUGAAUGAUAGACAAUAUAAAUUUUGCCCUUCAAAUGAAGAAUGGAAAAGAUGUGAGAAAAUAUGUGAGUUUCUUGAGCCAUUAUAUGAGGUGACAAUUUUGAUUUCCGGUUUUUCCUAUCCUACCUCAAAUCUAUAUUUUAUGCAAGUUUAGAAGAUUGAAAGUAUGUUGAAAGAAAACUUGGAUAAUGAAGAUGUCUUGAUAAGUGGAAUGUGUAAAAAGAUGUUUGACAAAUUUGAUAAAUAUUGGAGUGAAUAUAGCUUAGUGCUUGCAUUUGGAGCUAUUUUUUAUCCAAGGAUAAAGCUUGUAACAUUGGAGCAUUUAUAUGGGGAGGUUCAGAGUGAUCCAACUAAACUUAAAGAAAUGAUUUCACUUUUGAAGACAAAGUUGAACAAGCUUUUUAGUGCUUAUGCGGAUAUUAUUACUCCACCUCUUUCCCAACCACGGUUUUCCCAAGUCACAUCUUCAAGUAUGCAAAGUGAAAGUUUAGGUAAAAGUCAAAGAAAAAGAGCAUUUGAAAUACUGAAGAAAGUUCAAGUUCAACAUCAAAUUUGUCCUUUGAAGAUUCAAAUGUUGUAAAUCUUGUUGAUGAUAAUGAUGAAAAUGAAGAUGAAGAUUGAAGAGGAUGUGAAUGUUGGAAUAUUGGAAUGAUGUA